CUGAAGUAUAAUGUGUUUAGAUGAAGGCGGUUUUAGGUGGGCAGAACAGUUGCGUCUUACAGUAAAAAGCGAAUCAAUCCUGCACUUUAGUGGCAUCUUCGUAUUGGUAUUGUGAUUAAGGGAUGGAGGAUGGCUUCUCCCAUCUUCAGAUGUGUGUCCUGUGAACCUUUAAAUGACUGAAGGCUAUAAACUCACGAUUAUCAAUAAGUGCAAUCAUAAUGUCGUCUAUGAUCAGUAUGGCAGCACUUCAAAACGCCUACCUUUUCAGUGACCAUCAUACAAAACUGUGAGCUAAAGGACAAUAAGCUCACAAAUUGUAGUGCCAAGAAAAUAACACCCACUCAGAAAGCAAACUCUUGCAAAUGUUUUCAAAUGAAUUAACUUGAAAACAUCCAAAAAGAAAAUCAUGCCUGACCUAAAAAACAGUAAAACAAGAAAAGAAAAAUCCAUUCACUCUUACAGUGACUUAAUUUAUUUUUACCUUCCCUUCUAAUUAGAGCCAGACCCUAUCCUAACCCUAUCCAUUUGCAUACAGUCACAUGCUGCCAUGACUCAACCCAAUGUUACUGUACUCUUGGCCAAUAUCUCUGGAGGAUCUGAAUUGGGUAAUCUGUACCGUCCAUUUUCUGUGUUCAGUGUUCUUACACUCACUUUGCUGGCCAUGCUUGUGGUGGCCACCUUUGUAUGGAACCUUCUGGUUUUGGUGACCAUCCUGAGGGUGCGCACAUUCCAUCGUGUUCCCCACAAUCUAGUUGCCUCCAUGGCCAUCUCGGAUGUGAUGGUUGCAGGACUGGUUAUGCCCCUAAGUCUGGUUAGGGAGCUUUGUGGACAGCGGUGGAUUCUGGGUCGGGCCCUGUGUCAGGUCUGGAUCUCCUGCGAUGUACUCUGUUGCACAGCCAGUAUCUGGAAUGUGACGGCCAUUGCCCUAGAUCGUUACUGGUCCAUAACACGCCACCUGGAGUACACAUUAAAAACACGCAAACGAAUCUCCAAUGUGAUGAUUUGCCUCACAUGGCUACUCUCCUCUGUUAUCUCGCUUUCUCCGCUUUUUGGUUGGGGUGAGACCUACUCAGAAGUCAGCUUGGCUUGUCAAGUAAGCCAGGAGCCCUCAUACACAGUCUUCUCCACUUUUGGAGCUUUUUACCUGCCCCUCUGUGUGGUCCUCUUUGUCUACUGGAAGAUCUACAAGGCUGCCAAGUUCCGCAUUGGCUCUCGUAAGACCAACACCAUCACACCCAUGGCUGAAGUCAUAGAGGUAAAGGAGGCCGAAGGGCAGCCACAGAUGGCCUUCACAGUUCGUCAUGCAACCGUAUCUUUCCAGACGGAUGGCGAGACGUGGCGAGAGCAGAAAGAAAGGAGAGCAGCACUGAUGGUGGGCAUCCUGAUUGGUGUAUUUGUGCUCUGCUGGAUUCCCUUUUUCCUUGCUGAGCUCAUCAUUCCGCUCUGUUCAUGUGACAUCCCCCCUGUCUGGAAAAGUGUCUUUCUCUGGCUGGGUUACUCAAACUCCUUCUUCAACCCACUCAUUUACACAGCCUUUAACAAGAACUACAACAAUGCGUUUAGAAAUCUCUUUUCCAGACAGCGAUAAGGAACUAAAAAAAGAACAAAGGUAAUGAGAACCUUUGGAUUCAAGGAGUAGAAAGUGUGAAGAAUAUCAAAAGAAGUCAACUUCUCUCACAGAAGACAUAAACGAUACAAAAGCAAGGCCAUGAAUGCACUGGCUCUAACUGCUGUUCUAGGAAGAAAGGGGGAUUGCCAACCCACAUCAAGAAACUGCAGGUCAAGUGAUGUCUCUAGGGUUCACAUCUUCACCUGCUGGUCAUAUAUCUGUCAAUAUGUGGCGGCUGCUGAUGUCUUCGUGGUUAGACAAGUUGGCCACCGUCUGUUAAAUCAGCAGUGCUGAGAUAAUGCAAGUGUUCUCUUUAGCAAAACUAAACCAUCAUCACACCACACCAUCAUUGUGAACUCUUGAGAAAGAAACCAUGACUGUUCUGAAGGGUGGUGAAACAUCAGAGCCACUUUUCGUCUAAUAGUCAAUGAAGACACAAGUACAUGCACAGUGCACUAUGAAAAUCUGGCCUAAUUCACAUCCUUUCACUUCUUCCAAAAUUACAUGGCUAAGGAGCAAUUUAUAUUUCAAUCACAUUUCCUUUCAUUAAAGUUAAGAAAAGAAAGUCGAUGUGCAAAACAUAGAGGCAUUAUAACAUUAAAUUAAAUAGAACAGACUUGCGUUGAUGCAAAGAAAGAAUCCAUAGAUAUUUUGAACAAAACAGUGAUUAUAAAUGAACUCAGAAAUGCCUUCAUUUCCUGACAGCACUCUCAGUAUUUAUGCAUUAUCAUGAAUGGAUUCAGCUUUCCUCUUUGUAAGCUACCAUUGUAGCACAGUAAACUGGGACAUUACAUGGAACGAAAUGUAAACUUGCCUGUAAAUCCUGUGUGAUGGGAGCUAUGUUAGAGAUAUAUUUGGAUUGAUCAUGCAUUCAAAGUUAUUAAGUUGUCAACUCUGUUGGUUAUCAAUAAUUGGAGGAUCAGUAAAUAAGACAUACAAUGUUAAAAGCUGAAUGUCUCUCGGCAGUUCUUCGUCUUUAUAAAUGAUGCUGAAAAGAAACCAUCUACUUUUGUACUGCCUUAAAAGCCUGUCCACACGUCCCAAUGUUUGUGAAAGCUGUACUCACUGAAAUGGUUGCUUUUAUGUGCAAAAAUACCUUGUCAAUACUGAACAAGAUGGUCUGUGACAGCUUUGUUAUCACAAUGCUUCCAAUGCAUGUGCAGAGACUCACGAUUAGCAUGAGAGCACAGAUCUCACCCCAGCUCUUUGAAAUACUGUACAUGUAUCAGAUCUGUCCAUCAAUUUGUCAGCUGAACACGCAGCUUCAGGGCAGUGCAAAAUUUUACUUUGCAUGUGUCUAUAAAAUAAAAUUUGUGGUGAGACUAGUACUCAAGCUUCUCUAAUUUUAAAUAAGGAGAGCCAGAUACUGAGACAUAAAAAAGGUAAUGGAAAGGCAAAGAGUGAGAAUAUAAAUAUGCUCUCUCUUGAUUUUCUUGUUUUCAACUUGAGAGAGGACACUGAAAAUUCUGACACAAUCACACUGUACCUUCGUAAAUUUUUCAGUGUCCAUAUUAUUGACUGGACAAGUACAGCAUGCAACCUGUGUAGAUGAUGGCUUGUCUUGCUCUUUCAUAUCAAUGUAUGCUUCUGACUAUACAUCCAGUUUGCCCUAAACAGAUGAAAUAACAACAGUCUCUUCUUAGAGUCACUGUUGAGUGGGCAGUUGUUACCUAAUGUUAGAGAAUCUGACUUAACCUGAAGGUUAUGAGUUUAAGUCUCAGCACAGGCAGGAAGUGUAGGUGGGGGAAGUGAAUGAACACACACUCUCUUCCACUCAUUACCCACAACUGAGGUGCAGCAUGUGAUAGUUUCUGUAAAUGCUGUGCUCACGUCUUGUGUAAAAUACGUCGUUCUCAAAUGAAUGCGGCACUCAAGUUCAAAUAAGCAACACUCUUUUCAGGUCAUGGUUUACAGCAUCAUUUUAAAGUUGACAUUAAACUUAAGUUGAAAUAGUAUUUUUUCCCCAAUUAAAGCCCAAUUAAAUGCAGUGUGAAAAUCCCAACUAAAGGAAAUAUAGAAUUUCAGAAUGCACAACAUUCAAAUGUGUAACAGCACAACUGUCACGAGUGUGGUGCUGGCAGAAGGCGGCAGACGAGGAAAAAGCUCUAAUUCAUAUUGUUUACUCAAAAUAACUCUCACAGGACAUGCAGGAUGCACGAAAAUACCAUCUACAUUCACUGAACUAACCAUAAACACUGGAUAAACAACCACGUACAAUCAACAUUGACCGACCAGUACUGAACAAACAGAGAGAACUAAAUACAGAUACAAAUAAACGGGACAGGUGACACAGAUGAUGAAGACGAUGAACAGGUGGAUGAUUGAGGGAGUGAGAUCAGGUGUGGAGACAAGAGGAUUCUGGGAAGUGUAGUGAAGACAGGUGCAGACGAAGACCGUGACAACUACAUGGUUAAUCUCAUUUAACCUACUGUGAUAAAACAAUGCUUCUCUGAUUAAAAUUCUUAACUGAUCUUGUAAAGGUUUUAAUUGAAUUCCAUUUUAACACAAGCUGGAAUGUUGUUUCGGUAUAUCUGCUGUGAUGUCAGCUGUGCU